AAUUCAUUCCCCUUUCCGCCGACACGCGCUUCAGCUUUACAACACGCGUCGAACGUGUCGCUCUCUAGAUGAAGCGUCCAAGGCCGAUACGCCUAUACACUUGAACUGGCCUUUAAGAUUUGAUACGUACACUCUUACUAGUGACCCGCUUUUCAGAUGACGAAUCUCGUCACAAUCCAAGCAAUUGAACCACAAUGUCUGCACUUCAGGAAGAUGACGAAUUCCAGAGCGCGCUAGAUAUCAAGGAACUCAUAUCAGAUGUAGUUGAGGCUUCUAAACUUACUGCGAAACAACGUGGCAGAGAUGUGAAAUCAGAUGUGGAAAAACUGACUUCGCUAUCGUAUGAGAGAGGUCUCCUUCCUGACGACCUAGACCAACUCAUAGACUUAGUCACGACGCCGAGCUUUCUUGACCAGGCGAGCCUUGGCAACAUUGUCAGGAAUCUCUACCCAGCAUCUGCUGUGAACGUCGACCUAGUUGUCAAAGUGAUCGGCUGUCUUGGGCAUGGAAAGCUGAAGCCAUCUCUCGCCAUUCAGGGGGCACUUUUAAGAUGGCUUAUCCUGAUUUACCACGUCAUAGACAAUCAAUCAAUUCUAUCGCGUUCAUAUUCGGUCCUAUUUAAUCUGCUCGACACAGCCGCAAUUAGAAAACAAUUGUGUCAUUUACUAGCCCUCAUUACGCGACGUCGACAUGUGCGACCCCACCGUAUCCAAAGCCUUCUAUCUCUAUCACGGCAAACAGGGAAUGAUCCGGUAGUGACCGGGUUGUUACGAGUAUUCAAAGAUUACUAUCCUGAGAUCAUCGUCGGAGAAGCAACUCGCGCCAAGGCGUCUGCUUUCAAGCACCCAGAUCCACAAUGGCGCGAAAGACUAGAUGAAAUCCGAGAGGCACAUGCGGCUCGAAGCGCAAGCAGAUCAGAGCGACCCCUCGAUGCAUUCAGAGUAGCCCGGAAUAGAAGAAAUGGCAAAGGGUCCACCCUACUCCCAGAGGUACAUACCUCAAACGCCACAGAGAAAUCCAUAACACUAGAGGAAAUCGAAAACGUUGAUGGCUUCGUGAAGAAUUUGGAGAGGAUUGAAUUGCCGAAUCAGCUGAUAGCAAUUCUAGGCGAUCCGUUAUUACAGAAGUUAUUCAUCCUGAAGCCACAAGCCGAAGCUCAUCAAAGGGCCACUAGUUGGUUAGCUUCAUAUGGACAAGACCUUGUAAGCGGGGAGCCUGGUGUUGAUUCCGCCGGUGGCCUGGAGAUGCUGAAAACUUACACAUCAAGCACUAAGACCUUCCCUCCCAUAUUCUUGGCCUUUUUCAGUGAAUAUCUCAAAACUUGGAACGGUCAAGACGAUAGAGACUCAAUCUUAACCUCACUAUCAUAUGUUCCGUUAAUAUCCUUUUCAGAUUUAUUCGCUGUCAUUUUCCAACCGCUUGAAGCCAAGAUACUCGACAAUACUACAGUUUCCCAGCUACAGUUACUUGAAUUCUAUACAACUCUGCUUCAACGAUGGACCAUCCUCCUAGCAUCACUUGAAGAAAAGUCGGAGCAAGCAUCGACCAUUAUCAGAGGUUUAUCGGAUCAUGUCAGCGAUCUAUGCCUUACUCUUAUUCAGACAUCACCUACUGCUUCCACUCAUUCAAAGAUAUUGGAUUUCUACGAGCAGACUGCAAUUCUAGCCUCGACUCCGAAGUUACUGCAUCAUACUCAGAUAGUGAUACCGCCUUCUCCGUUGGUAUAUACCUUACACUUUAGCUUCUCCCCGGAUACCCUAUCUCGACUUUGCGACAUACUGUCGAAAUACAAAGCAGGAUUUCAGAAGGCCAUGUCGGUGUCGCGCUCCCAAUACGCUCCGGAAUUCAUCAACAAAUUCAACGGGUUUCUAAUGGAUAUCUGUAAUUGUAUUUGGCGAUCGCGGGCAUUCAAUGAUAGCGAUACCAAUUCCCACGGUUGCUUAAUGCCUAGGCCGGUUGUUGAUGAUCUGACGUCCUACGUCAAUAAUCUCGGAACGGGUGCGCCCCUUUCCACGCUAUUUUCUCUCUCUUAUUCGCCUGUCUUGGGACUAUCGGCGAUCACAUACUUCCGCGAGUUAGAAGACGAAGAGCUGCAACAAGGUACAGGUGGGCUCGGCACUAGACAUGCUGGACCUGUGACUCGUGCAAGUCUUAUUGCGCUUUCUAAUAACCGUGGUCUCAAGGUGGGUUGGGAUGAUUACCGCCUUGGGGUGUUGAAUUAUCUAGAACAGAGGGGUAUGGCUGGCGUCGGACAGCUGAUGUACAACACGAUGACGAACGUAAUGAGAAGGCGGUCAUUGUUGAAUGAUUCUAGAUAAAAUAGUUUAAUGGGUUGCUGAUAGAACAGCCAUAUCCAAUAGCAGCUGAUGACGAACCUACCAGCUCCCAUCUAUUCUCGCUUAUCCCAUGUACGCUAGCCACAUUGUA